CAACAACACGGCAGUCAUUCUAAUGUCGCGAUACAUGUUGUGACACUGAACAGCGUGACUUGUCUUGUACUGUGAGUGACUAAGUGAAUCCUGUACCAGCACAAUGAAUGUGCGGAAGGUGGAAAGGACAGUCCUCAGUGUGGAACAGUCGGAGGGAGUCGGUGCUCAUGUCCGCAGGAGCAUCGGUAGAAAGGAGCUGAGGAACCUGGAUCCUUUCCUGAUGUUGGAUGAGUUCAGAGUGAGCAAGCCGGCAGGUUUCCCAGACCAUCCUCACAGAGGAUUUGAGACAGUAACCUAUGUAUUAGAGGGGAUCACGGCCCAUGAAGACUUCUGUGGACAUUCAGGGCGACUGAAAGCUGGAGAUCUGCAAUGGAUGACUGCAGGACAGGGGGUGGUCCAUGCUGAGAUGCCCGUGUCAGAGGAGCCGGUGGUGGGCUUACAGCUAUGGGUGAACCUGCCCAGUCGAGACAAGAUGGUGGAACCGGCGUACCAGGAGCUUAAAGGCUCAGAGAUCCCCAAACCCAGCCAGGGAGGAGUUACAGUUGCUGUGAUAUCUGGAGAAGCUUUAGGAGCAAAGUCUAAGGUCUACACAAGGACACCGACCUUGUACCUGGACUUCAGACUGCAGCAAGGUGCCCUGCAUGUGCAGUCAGUCCCCUCAGGAUGGACUACAUUCAUCUACACGCUAUCAGGAUCUGUUCAUGUCGGCCCAGAUGAGGAGCAGCAGAAGGUGGAGCCUCAUCACACCGUGGUGUUUGGAGACGGAGAUUGCGUCAGAGUAGAAAACAAGUGCUCUGAAAUUUCCCAUUUUGUGCUGAUUGCUGGAGAACCAAUCAAAGAGCCUGUAGUACAACACGGUCCGUUUGUAAUGACCACAGAGGAGGAGAUCAGAGAGGCUAUCAGGGACUACCAGACUGGCAGAAAUGGCUUUGAAAGGGCCGUAAACUGGAGGUCCAAGAUCAGAGACUCUUACUGAACACAUUGCAGUUUCUUUUUAAGCAUCUACUUUUACUUUACGUUACAUGUCCAAGUGCUUCUUGUGUCAUUGUUUGCACAGGAGUAGUUCACCCAUGUUCCCUCGUAAAAUACAGAUUUUAGGGAAAAUGUGCUUCGAACUGCUCUCCACCCACCUUGUUAAAUCUCUAUUUUCCUUCUGCUGUUUGAAAUAACACAGUAGCACAGCUGUUGUGAAACUCUUGCACACACUGUUAUGAGGACAAUUUAUUAAACUAUUA